AUGUCGGCGUUUUCAUUUCGGAGGUUUUCCUCCCGCGAGGAGAGCGGACGGGCAGAGGGCGGCGUGGGGUCAGGUUUCCACGGCAACCCUCAGCCUCCGACCCCACCUCCAUCCGAGCGCGCUCUUUCAUCGCCAUGGCAGCGGAGAGGCCCCGUCUCCCGGGGGACGAGGGGCAUAGAUUCCCUCAGGAGCAAGGUUGACCUGCUCAAGCUGCCCCUGGCCCUCUCCACCAAGUCCAUCUCUGAGCGCAAGAGCCAGCUGAGAGGCGUCGGCGAGCAGCCGGGCAGGGGCGGAGGAGGAGGAGGCGGGGCUCGCAAAGCCCGCCCGCUGCCGACCCGAGACAUGGACAACGAGUCGCAGUACUCGGGCUACUCGUACAAGUCCUCCCACUCCAGGAGCUCCCGGAAACACAGGGACCGGAGGGACCGCCACCGCUCAAAGAGCCGCGACAGCAGCAGCCGCGGGGACAAGUCGGUCACCAUCCAGACGCCCGGGGAGCCGCUCCUGGACGCAGAGUCCACCCGAGGAGAUGACAGGGAUGACAACUGGGGGGAAACCACCACCGUGGUCACCGGCACCUCGGAGCACAGCCUCUCCAACGAGGACCUGACCCGCGUGACCAAAGACCUGGAGGAGUCCACCCCGCUGGAGUGCAAGCGCUUCGUGGGGCCCGUGCUGGGCGGCUGCCUGAGCCUCUUCGCCCUGCUCACGCCGCUGGCCUUCCUCAUCCUGCCGCAGGUCCUGUGGCGCGAGAACUUGGAGCCCUGCGGCACGCCGUGCGAGGGCCUCUACGUCUCGCUGGCCUUCAAGCUCCUGGUGCUGCUCAUCUCCUCCUGGGCGCUGUUCCUCCGGCCCCCCCGCGCCACCCUGCCGCGCUUCUUCGUCUUCCGCUGCCUGCUGAUGGUGCUGGUGUUCCUGUUCGUGGCGUCCUACUGGCUGUUCUACGGCGUGCGGGUGCUGGAGCCCCGGGAGCGGGACUACAGGGGCAUCGUGGAGUACGCCGCCUCGCUGGUGGACGCCCUGCUCUUCAUCCAGUACCUGGCCCUGGUGCUGCUGGAGGUCCGGCACCUGCAGCCCGCCUUCUGCCUGAAGGUGGUCCGGAGCACCGACGGUGCCAGCAAGUUCUACAACGUGGGCCACCUCAGCAUCCAGCGCGCCGCCGUCUGGGUGCUGGACCGCUAUUACAGCGACUUCUCCGUCUACAACCCCGCCCUGCUCAACCUGCCCAAGUCCAUCCUGUCCAAGAAGAUGACCGGCUUCAAGGUCUACUCCCUGGACGAGAACACCACCAACAACUCCACAGGCCAGUCGCGCGCCAUGAUAGCAGCCGCCGCCCGGCGGAGAGACAACUCCCACAACGAGUUCUACUACGAGGAGGCGGAGAUGGACCGCAGGGUCCGCAAACGCAAGGCCAGGCUGGUCGUGGCUGUGGAAGAGGCCUUCACGCACAUCAAGCGUCUCCAGGAGGAGGAGGUGGCCUCGUCCCCCAAACACCCCCGAGAGGUGAUGGACCCCCGGGAGGCGGCCCAGGCCAUCUUCGCCCCGAUGGCCCGCGCCAUGCAGAAGUACCUGAGGACCACGCGGCAGCAGGCCUUCCACAGCAUGGAGAGCAUCAUCACACACCUGCAGUUCUGCAUCACGCACAACAUGACGCCCAAGGCCUUCCUGGAGCGGUACCUGAGCCCCGGCCCCACCGUGCAGUACCAGCAGCAGAGCGGCAGGGGGCGCCAGUGGACUCUGGUGAGCGAGGAGCCCGUGACCUCGGCCCUGCGUCAGGGUCUGGUCUUCUCCCUGCGCCGGCUGGACUUCUCCCUGGUCGUCACGGUGACGCCGCUCCCCUUCCUGCGGCUCGGCGAGGAAUUCAUCGACCCCAAGAGCCACAAGUUCGUCAUGCGGCUGCAGUCGGAGACCUCGGUGUGACGGCGCCGGGCCCAAAACCUCCCCCCCCCCUCUUUCUUUUUUUUUUUUGCUGGCUCCUUUCUGGACGCGGUGUGCUCCCCCCCCGCCGCCGCCGCCAGCCAACUGGGGCCCUCCCUCACAAUCUGUCACUAAGGAACCGUGAAAGGUUGAAAAGCGUCUGGUUUCCGAUUGGCCACAGACGCUCGAGCAUCAAACUGUGACCAGCUCAACGAUUGUCCGGACCUGGAAACGGUCAGAGGCCUUCACCCACACGUCUCUGUGUUGUCAUGGCAACACCAUGUAAAAGAAUCCUCUUUUUGUGUCCUAAAGGGGAUUGUUUUUUUUCCCCCCUUUGCCUCCCCUGUUGCUGUAACCACUGAAGACCCGACACAUGACUGAAGGGGGGGGGGAGGGUACCUCACAGCUUUUAUUUCCUCUUUCUGGUGUCUUAAAAACGGCCUGAAUGGAGCCCCUCCCGGCUCCCUCGAUGUUUUUCUCAGACAUGACGAGGACUUGUUUUCGUAUCGGAGGGGGGGACUCGUCUCUUUUAACCUACAGAAUGUAGCUUUAUGUGCAGUAGGUCAUCGGUUUUCUAUGUGACUGUUCAGAGGAAUGGACGUACAUUCCCGAUUCGUUGCUUUUUUCCGACUCCUGUAUGUUCACAACCGCCUAACAUAUGCAGCUUGUACUUCACACUGGCUUUUUUUUUAAACUUUUUUACUCUUAGCAUUAAUUUCCGCAAGAGGAACAAAUGCUUUCAGCUGGUAUUAACACACAAACACAAUCUGAGUUGAAUUUGGAAAUUAAAGGAUCGGCCUGGUGUUUUUUCGAUUUUCCUGUUGUCAACAAAUCUAACAAAAAAAAAGAAAAAAGAAAGAAAAACAGCUCAUGGUGAUUAGAGUUCCGAAAUGUUCUGAAUAGUCCGUAUUUGUAAUAGCGGUGGUUUCACAAGUGACACAAAUGGAGUCUAUUUAGAGCUGUCACACAGCGGUGAGUAUUUCUGUGAGCAGGAAAUUGCAUGUCCACCUCAGCAGCAGAAACUUUUGGCUGUGACUCAAUGUUUUUGUUCAACUUCACACCAUCAAGAUUAAUCUGGUUAUUGAGCGUGGAAACAAAUCUGGUCAAAGCAUCUGGUCAGUUUUUACAAAAAAAUUAGUUUUGGGUUUGUUGACAAUAUGAAAAACAGGCGGUAUCAGCAGCUUUUAUCCUGCUGAGCAAAUGUGCGUUUUAACAUCGGCUCGGUGUUCUCAGGUCUCUCCUAAAUGUCAUUAUUCUCGCCAUUUUUUGUGAAUUAUGCAAAAGGCUGCAGGUUGUCUGCAGCUUGGCCUAAAUUCUAGUUCUCUCAGACACAUUUGGUGGCCUCUCCGCUGGACUUCCCCAAGCGCUGCGUGUUCACAGUGUCAGCAAACAUGACCAAAAGUUGUUUUUACCAGUCUUACUUGGUUCUGCCGCCUUAGCUGGGCCGUCACUCUGCUCCGGAUCCAGUGGGAGGGUUCAGAUGACAUCAUUUCUGCAAAGAUGCCACCAUUAACUCUUCAUGAAUAGGACCGUUUUAGACCAUUAAAUGUGACGUUUGAACAAAUCAUGAGGUGAAUGUUUUAGUCGGGUUUACAGAGAAGAUCGGUUUUUCAAUAUAGAAAGCAGCUCGUGAUGCGUUCAAGGGUUUUUCAGGUAGACGAGCAAACAUGGACCUUAAAACCUGCUGCCCUGUUCCCAUAAAAUGUUCCAUAUGAAUGUUGUAUAAGACAACCGAAAGCUGCUCCAUCUGCUGCAAGAAGGCUGUGAGAUGCGGUUUCUCAGUGCUGUUUUUAGGCUGGUGACAGAUAAAGUUUUUUUUAUUUUUAUUAACAGUAAUAACGUCUUCAUUACAUUUGGGCGCCUGUUGUUUGGGCUGCUGACAACAAAUGAGUCGUGCACACGUUCACUCUGAUAAUCAUGGUUUCACAGCAGCUGUAAAUGGGCUCAUUUAUGCACCUCUAACUUAUGUACUCCAACCGAAAUGGGUGGCGAUGCUUUUGAAUACGAGCGGGCUCCUCGCAGUUUUAUAUUUAAUGCAUAGCUUCCGAACCUGGAAAACUUUCUCCGGUGGUCUUUAUGGUCCUCUGUCAGACCCGAAAGCCACUGAGAUUUCAUCUGUGAUCAGACUUUCAGACUCUAACAGUGCUUUUGUUUUUUUUAUAAACACACAAGAGACUUAUUUUGGGCUCCAAAACUGUUAGUUUUUAUAUUAACUUGUUUUCUAUCAUUUUUAAGGUGCCUAAGUUAUGAUGAUGAUGCAAUUUUUCUGAAUGUUUUGGCUUUUAAACAAACCAGUGGCCUGUACAAAAAAAAAAGAAAAGAAAAAGAAAAAAAGGGUAGAUUUGUGCUUUCUUUUGGUAACUGUAGCUUGUAUAGUGUGUUAGGC